AAAAAUCAUUAAGCCAUGCGCAGUUUAUGUCGUCAUCAACCUCUCUCAGAGAUAAACGUUUGGUUUCGCCAAAGCACCGAAAACUUUAGGCUCCCAUUUCACGCGAGCUGCUGUCAGUUGCCAACGGAACCUAUCCUCGCUAACAUGUUUUCGGCGAAGUCUUUUGCGUUUCUUCUUUUUGUGCUGGCCAUUGCAACGGCCUUCACUCUGCUGCCAUGCGAGAUACCGAAUGAAGAAGCCACUGGCUACUGUAUUCCACAGGAGGGUUGCCAGGCCUAUCAAAAACUGGUCGCUAGCAAUUCCCUGGAUAAUGAACAACAGACCUUCAUCAACCAUUUAAAUUGUUCCAAUACUGGGGUUUGUUGUCCUCUGACGGCCACAACGUAUAAAAAUCCCCGUGUGCUUGAGGCACCAAAACACGAGCGCGAUUUAAUCGAAAGCUGCGGAGUCGAUGCAUCUGGAGAUCGGAUUUUCGGUGGACAAGUCAGCAGGAUUGACGAGUUUCCCUGGAUGGCUCUGUUGUUCUACGAAUCGAAACUAACUGGACAGAUGCAUCCGUCCUGUGGAGGCGUGCUCCUCACGAAGCGAUGGAUAUUGACGGCAGCCCAUUGUGUGACGGGGAAGAACUAUCUGAACUUGGGACCACUAAAAUUUGUCCGCCUUGGGGAAUAUAAUCUGGAAACGGACGAAGACUGCGAUGCCUAUGGUGACUGCAGUGAAAAGCCAAUCGAUUUGAAUGUGGAGAAAACGAUUGCCCAUCCGGACUAUGUGAGUAGCAGUUGGGAUAAGUACAACGAUUUGGCGCUGGUGAAGCUGGUGAAAGAAGCACCGUACACGGAUUUCAUUCGGCACAUCUGUUUGCCGAGCUACUACAAUUUGACGGAACCGCAUAGUGAUGCCGAUAUGAAGUUCGUGGCUGCCGGCUGGGGACGAACCGAUUUUUACAACACCGCCAUCAGUGAGCCGAGCAAGAUCAAGCUCAAAGUCAGCCUACCCCAUGUGGACCGAGAGCAGUGCCGCUCGAUCUACGCCGAGCACACGAUUCGCAUAACAAACAGCCAAAUCUGCGCCGGUGGCCGGAAAGCCCAGGACACCUGCCGGGGAGACAGUGGUUCUCCGUUGAUGUUCUACAGCCACCAGUAUGUACGCUGGUUCGCCUACGGCAUCGUCAGUCGAGGACCGUCGCAAUGUGGCACCGAAGGGGUUCCCAGCAUCUACACGAACAUGUUCAAAUACGACGACUGGGUCAAGAGUACUAUUUCUGGCAAUUGAGAGAACGAAAAUCGA